AUAAACUCUAUCCAUCUGCUUACCAGUACAGCAAUUUAGUAAAGACUACCUCUCUACUUGACUUGAGAGAAGAAAUCAAGCUGGAAUACAAGAGUGGUGGCAUCAACAUGGCUAGGCUUACACUUCUAGCAGGCUUGUGCUUGGUGCUGUGCCACUUUGCAUCUUCCAAGCAAAUGGUGUGCUAUUUCACCAACUGGUCCCAGUACAGACCGGGUGUUGGGAAGUACAUGCCCUCCAAUGUGGAUCCCUUCCUCUGCACACAUCUGAUUUAUGCCUUCUCUAUGAUUAACCAUGCCAAUGAGCUUGUCACAUAUGAAUGGAAUGAUGAAACCCUCUACCAGGCCUUUAAUGCCCUGAAGAACAGGAAUCCCACUCUUAAAACUCUUCUGGCUGUUGGUGGAUGGAAUUUCGGCUCAAACCAGUUCUCCAUUAUGGUGUCCAAUGCUGCUAACCGUCAAAAGUUCAUCCAGUCCUCCAUCGCAUUCCUGAGAACACAUGGAUUUGAUGGUCUGGACCUGGACUGGGAAUACCCUGGAUCCAGAGGCAGCCCUCCUGAGGACAAGCAGAGAUUCACCCUGUUGUGCAAGGAACUGCUGGAAGCUUAUGAAGCAGAAGGAAAAGCUACUGGGCGGCCUCGACUCAUGUUUACUGCUGCAGUAUCAGCUGGCAAAGGCACAAUUGAUGCUGGAUAUGAAAUUGCUGAGAUUGCCAAGUACCUAGAUUUCAUCAAUGUGAUGACCUAUGACUUCCAUGGAACUUGGGAAAGAUUCACAGGACACAACAGCCCCCUGUACCAGGGAGCUCAUGAUGAGGGAGAUCUCAUUUACUUCAACACGGACUAUGCCAUGAGGUAUUGGAGGGACAAUGGUACCCCUGUGGAGAAACUGAGGAUGGGAUUUGCCACAUACGGUCGUACUUUCCGCCUCACCUCUACAGCUGAUGGAGUUGGAGAUCCAGCUAGCGGACCUGCCUCUGCUGGAUCCUACACCCGUGAAGCUGGAUUCUGGUCCUACUAUGAGAUCUGUGGCUUCCUUGAGGGAACAAAAAUCCAGUGGAUUGAGGAUCAGAGAGUACCCUAUGCCACCAAAAAUGGUGAAUGGGUUGGUUUUGACACCAAAGAGAGCUUUGAGAUCAAGGCACGCUAUCUGAAUGACAACAAGUAUGGAGGGGCUUUUGUUUGGGCUCUGGAUUUAGAUGACUUUGCUGGGCAGUUCUGUGGGCAAGGGAACCAUCCUCUAAUGGCCCAUCUACACAACCUUCUGGAUAUCGAAUGGCCUCCAAUGCCACCCACUACCACCCUCAAACCUGGUGUCACAACUACACCAACAACAACCACAACUACUACACACAAGCCUGGACCAGGCUUCUGCAAUGGAAAGCCAGAUGGAAUUUACGCUCACCCUGAUGACCCCAGCAGAUAUUAUGACUGUCUAACUGGUGAAACUUAUGACAGGAAAUGCGGACCUGGCACAGUGUUCAAUGACACAUGCAAGUGCUGUGCUUGGACUACACAUUAAGCCCCAACUAUUGUACAAUGGACUCAAAUGAAUUCUUAAAAACUUAAAAGCCAGUUUCUGGAAGCGAUACUGUGUUUUGACCUUAGUGCAUUUCUUGUGCAUUCUAUGGAUAAAUACAACCUGUUUUUCUAUUUGAAAGAAUGAACAAUUAAUGUUUAAUGUCUAGGUUAUUCAGAAUGUUAGCAUUCUGUUUUUGUCAAUAAAGAAUAAACUACA